CUUGGAGCUAACGUCUCGAAUCGAAACCUUUAAAGCUGUUCCUUGCUCUCAUAACUCAAUCUACCGCUUCUUAACAGAACAGCUAUCGUCAUGGCAACACCCGAACUUCGAUUCAGACGGAAAAUAGGCGACGCAAUGUACGGUGAAGUUCUGGAGUAUGAGCUCCUGCAGCACCAACCGAACGAACGAUCCUGCGUCGUUGCUGUCAAAAGCAUAAACUUGUCAUACGCAAUAACGGCUCGAAGUCGCACUCAAGCUGAUAGGGUCCUGGAUGACCCUAAUCAAGAAUGCCGAGUCGCUAAGCUGCUCGCAAGAACCAGCGGUCAUCGAAAUGUUGUCAAGUCCUUCUUUCAGUUCCAGAAGAAUGAUUCUCUCUACUUGGUGAGUGAAUUCUGCGCAGACGGGGAUCUGCACACCCACCUCGCCAAGACCGGAGCGGUGGACGAGCAGUUCUCCAUCCACAUUAUGGCCCAGAUCUUUGACGGCGUCAACUUUCUGCAUCGCAACCUGAACAUUGCGCAUCGAGAUCUGUCGCUUGAAAACGUAUUAAUGAAUAACGGAGAGUGCAAGAUCUCGGACUUUGGUCUAUCUGUGGAGGCCACUUCGCGCUGCUCCGAUCGCGUGGGCAAGGACUACUACAUGGCGCCGGAGGUGGUGGCUAGAAACGAAUACGACCCGGUUAAGGCGGAUGUCUGGUCGUUGGGAAUUAUAUGGUUCGUUCUAGUCACAGGCUCCCCGCUGAUCACAAUCGCUUCUCAGGAUAACAAGGCAUUUCUCGCAAUGAAAGAGUGCGGAGUCAUGUCGGUAUUUGAGUCGUGGAAGGUCACCACGAGGCUGUCAGCACCCGUUAUGGACCUGAUCUCGCGAAUGCUAAAGGUUGACCCGGCAGAGAGAAUUGCGCUCGACGAGAUUUUGCAGCAUCCGUGUCUUGACCCAGAGAGUAUCAAUAGACGCCGCUAAGAUGUAAAUUCCUGCACAACGCUUCGACGAGUUUAUCCGUUGAACAUAUCAUUGCAACUUGCAAGCCAUUUGCAUAAGCCACUUUAUCAGCAACUUGACGGCGGACAACUCUGGAACCGCACGACUCCUGAGAUCAGUUUCAACAACUGAGCUGAAUCACUCAGUCGCCAGUGAGGCGAAAAAAGUUGCCGCUACUUUCAGAUUAAUUCCUUAACUCUGAACUGUAUUGUCACGGUA